CCGCUUCCAACGUGCUCACUUCGCCCGCUCGACGAUUAAGAUCACUCUCUCUUUCAUUCACUCUCCGCACCGUGAAAAUUGUAAAUACAUCAGAGAAAGAAUGAUCGGCUGACGUCUUCGAGUUCUUCGAUUAAAAAUCUCCCAUUUCUGGUAACAUAUCGAUUUAACUUCACCGGUAGAACAUGAAUUAUGGGAUAACGAUUAUUAAUCAACGACCAUGCUGUUGAGGAUAAUUUGUUGGCUGACCUUGCUGAGGGGUACGGUGUUGUGUCUCUCCCCGAACUUGGCAGAGGCCGAGAGGAGCGGGUGGAAUUUCAGCCCGGGCACCCAGUAUCACAUCCAAACCGACGAGGGACCCGAAAGAUUCUUUAGGUACCAAACGUCGAAUGGACAAUACAGGAAGGAGAAACGAUUGGCGGAUGGUACCGUGAUCGGGACCGAGGGAUGGCUGGACCCUCUCGGCUACCUCCGAUUGAAGGAUUACAUAGCCGACUCUAAUGGAUUUCGUAUCUUAAAGUCGAAGAUGGUUUACGUGGGCAAGGAGAGGCCCAUCGAUGACGCGGUGGUCGAGGCCAAGCGAGUCCCGGCGCAGACCGGGAUCCUGGUGAACCCUGUCAGACCACCAAACCCCUUCAGAGAAUCGAACGAAAACGUUCCGGUGACCAACGACAUCGGAUCGUUCGCCUAUCGACCGAGCCCGAGUACGCCGGUCGCCGUACCGAAUACAUACAAUUCGAAACCGGAGUACGACGGAACGUACACCGUACAGAACGGUUUUCAAUAUUACCUGAAGCGACAGUAUCACGAAGAGGAGCAACAGCCGAAUAAUGGAGCCGUGGGAUCGUUCGGGUACAUCGACCCGUUCGGUAUUAGGCGAGUCAUUUAUUAUAAGACGGAUCCGCGAACCGGCGGAUUCGUUCAUCGAAAAAAUAAUAGGUACGUCGGGUUCGCCGCUACUCCCUACGAUCCCACGUUGUCCAAUUUGUAUAGGCGAAGCGCGAGCAGUGCUAUUAACGCGUGAUUUGCACGAUCGUUGACGGAAGCAGGGUGCCAUAAGUUAUGCUAGUAUCGCUUCUCGCUAAUUUAUAACUGUUGUCACACGCUUAUGUUAAGAAUUUUUAACUGACGAUAAGAUCGAGACGUUGAUUCGUUAAUGAAUAUGUAAGUGGAUCAGUCGUUGACGACUUGGGUCAGGGAUCGGAUAGCGGUGGGCGUCGAGCUCAUUUGCACCAGUAUCGCCAUGUACGUCAUGAUCGUUCCGAAAAACUGGAAACCAGGAGAUAAUAGAGUUAAUAGACGGAACUAAUAAGUCGCGGAUUUUUAUGCGAAAUAAAACAUUAUUAUUUCGUCACUUG